AUUCUUCGAUCUAUGUCAAUCGAUCAAUAAUGUCGGACAGCGUUGAAUCCACAACCGCAGAUCAAAAUCCCGAACCCCACGAUCGUCCACUGCCGGCCACCGCCGCGGCGGAGACUGUCCAAGCAACGCCUGAAUCGUCGGAGGCGUCGAACGUGGCGGCCGUUACUGCGGCGCCGGAGAAACGUCCCAAUGCUCGCUUCAGCGUUUGGCCGCCGAGUGAUCGCACGCGCGAGGCUGUUAGAAACCGCCUUAUUGAAACCCUCUCAUCGCCCUCCAUUCUCUCCAACCGUUACGGCACCAUUUCCCGCGAGGAAGCGGUUGAUGCUGCCAAGUUGAUGGAGGAGGAGGCGUUCCACGUGGCUGUGGCGGCGGCGAAGACUUCCGACGGCGACGGCGUCGAGAUAUUGCAGGUUUAUGCUAAGGACAUUAGUAAGAGGAUGUUGGAAAAAGUGAAGGCUGGAUCUGGUAACUCCGAGGCUGCACCGCCGGCGACGACAGAGGUCAAUGAACCGCCGCCGAUUAAGGCGGUGGAGGAUGCACCGUCCACAAUGGCACCGCCGCAGAGCGAGAAAUCAAACUCUGUUGGCGGUGAUGAGUGAGUAACUGAAAUUUCUUCAUUCUCUCUGUAAAUUCCUCUGCGGAAUUGAUCAACAGUGUUUGUGAUUUCCUGGAUAUUACCACGAUAUUAGUUCAGUUAGAUCUUACCAUAUACCACACUGCCUGUGCCUGCCAUGUUCAACUGAGAAGGUUUUUCCUUAUUAGAACGAAGCUAGUUUUUGCCCUAUUUGAUCUCACGUUUUCAUAGGACCGCCUUGUUUGUUUGUUUGUUCUACAUUGGUUUAAGAAUGUAACUAAGGAAUGUUCCUGACUGACAUUGUAGGCCAUGAGGUUCCUGACAUUAGAUUUGCAGAGUUGAAUGAUGUUAAUGCAUUUGGCAUUGUU